ACUGUUUCUGUUAACAGAGUGCCAGAUCUAUAAAAGAAGAUGGCUGAUGCUGAUAUUGUUCGUUUUCUAUUCGAUGUCGAACGCCAUGCAAUGGGUACAAUACUCAAUCAUCGAAAAUGUAGUUACCAGAUACUACGGACUUGAGCCUACUUCUCCUUGGAUAGAAUGGACAAGCAUGAUCUACAUGCUAACUUAUAUAUUCUUCAUUAUUCCAGGCUCUUGGGCAUUGGACAAAUUCGGAAUGAGGAAAUGUAUACUGGUCGGAGCUGGAGGUACUUGCAUAGGAUCAUGGAUUAAGGUUCUUUCGCUCAACCCAAAUCUCUUCUACGUUGGAUUUAUUGGUCAAACCAUUGUUGGUGUCUCACAGGUAUUUGUUUUAAGCGUCCCUGCUCGAUUGGCUGCAGUAUGGUUCGGUUCCAACCAAGUUUCCAGCGCUUGCAGCAUUGGAGUCUUCGGCAACCAGCUCGGUAUCGCAGUCGGUUUUGUUCUCCCACCAAUGAUAGUUGCAAAUGAGGAGGAAACAGACCAGAUAGGUAACAGACUUGGCCUCAUGUUCAAAGGUGUAGCUGCAUUUACAUCGAUGUUGCUUAUCCUCAUAGCCAUUUUUUAUGAGGAGAAACCUCCCCUGCCUCCUAGCCUAGCAGCCUUGAAGCAGUCAGAAAGAGAGCAGGACUUUCUAGGUUCGCUGAAGCGAUUGGCCACUAAUAUGGGAUAUAUUUUACUUCUACUUUCUUAUGGAAUAAACGUAGGCAUCUUUUAUGCCAUUUCAACGCUUCUCAACCGAGUCAUUCUAUCCUAUUAUGAGAAAGCUGAAGAAGAUGCUGGUAGAUUAGGUCUUCUAAUGGUCAUUUCAGGAAUGUUGGGAUCAGUUGUCUGUGGAUUGGUGCUAGAUUGGACCCACAAAUUCAAAGAGACAACCGUCGUGGUUUAUUUUCUAUCGCUCUUAGGAAUGGUAAUUUACACUGUCAGCUUAGGUUAUAAUAUCUACAUAGUCUACUUCACUUUGGGAUUCUUGGGAUUCGCUAUGACGGGCUACUUGCCAGUUGGUUUCGAACUGGCAGCUGAGCUGACAUAUCCUGAACCAGAAGGUACAUCUGUCGGUAUACUGAAUGGUGCGACUCAGAUCUUCGGGUUGGCCUUGACGAGCGGGUACAGCGCUUUGAUAGGUCGCUUCUCCGUGGGUGACGCAACCUACAGCCUCUGCGCGGUUCUUGGGGUAGGUCUUGCUCUUACUGCUCUUGUCCCACCUAAACUGAGAAGACAAGAAGCCAAAGCGUAA